AUGGCUGGUAGCACGUGGUGGCGCUAUGGCACGUGGGCCCCGAAGCAAAAUUAUUCAGCCCACGAAUAUAUGUUUCGUCUUACUGCUCUUCCUGUUGCUCCUCUUUCUGCUGCUUCUCCUCCUCAUGUUCCUCCUGUUACUCCUCCUCAUGCUGCUCCUCCUCUUGCUGCUCCUCCUCUUACUCCUCCUCAUACUGCUCAUCUUACUCCUCCUGCUUCUCCUCAUGCUCCUCCUCAUGUUGCUGCUCCUCAUACUGCUGCUUCUCCUCUUGCUGUUCCUCCUCAUGCUGUUCUUCCUCAUUCUGCUGCUCCUUCUCCACUGAGGAGCAGCAAGAGGAGGAGCAGCAAGAGGAGGUGCAGCAGGAAGGGGAGCAGCAAGAGGGGGAGCAGCAUGAGGUACAGCAGCAGUAUGAGGAGCAGCAAGAGAAGGAUUAAUCAUUAA